AUGACAAAAAAUCCAUCGGUUGCUAUUCGGUGGAUAUCUCGUGGCACGAGACGUUUCGCUGUCGAUAAAUAUUCGGACAAAAUACUCAACGCAAUGCCAAGCAAGAGCAAAACUACGUUUGAAAGUAAAAGGAGAGCGUGUACAAAGGAAGAAGCGACUGUUGAUGGUUUGCUUCCAGAGCUUCCAAGCAAACCUCAAGGACUGUUUGGUUUAUUUGUGUCAGAGAAUUAUUCCAAAGUUCAAGGCGAUAUUGCUUCAGGAAAAAGUCCCACUGAAAUUUUGACACAUUUGUCCAUGAAAUGGAAGACUCUUUCGAGUGCUGAAAAAGCGGAAUUAAAACAUAGACACGACGUUUUGAAAGAGGAAUACAAACGGGAAGUCAUGAAUUUGUGGAAAGGACUGAACACCGAGAGGCGAGUUCUUCUGGAGAAAUUACAAGGUCCAAAAUUACGACAACUCGCAAAUGCAAGGCAAGAACUCCUAGGAUACCCAAAGAAGCCUCCAUCUUCCUUUCUGCUUUUCGUGCAGAAAAACACAGAUAUUGUGAACGCUUCGUCUGUGAUUGAGCGUACGAAGAAAUUGGGUGAAAAAUGGAAGGAAAUGUCGGCCGAUGAAAAGGAGGUAUUCUUUAUGGAAAGCCUAAAAGCGAACGAACAAUACCUCCACGACGUGGUUAAAUGGAAAGAAAAGCACCCUGAUGCCGCUUCAAAAGAGAAUAUCUAGUUAUAAUGUUUUAUUGUGCUGUACUGUGAGUGAUGAAUGAUGAAUAUUUAAGAGUCUCCUGCUUUCAAAAUAGCGUUCUUACCGCUAGCAGUCGUUACAGCAAGUGAACUGAACACCUAUCGCAGUAAUCUUUCCUCUAUUUUGAUUGUUUUAGAAGCUGAACCUGACAUUCGAAUUCAUAAUUUAUCAGCUGUAUGAAGAGGUUCCGCCGGAGGAUUUUUGUAUAGCAAACUUUUUAUUGAGCAUAAUUCAAACGUCCUUGCGUGUAGUGUCCAUAGCAUAUUUGAUAAUUUGUUAAUAUUUUAAAGGUUGAGUAGAAGGCAACUUUCGGCUAACUUUAUUUUAGGCAUGUUCCUCUUGAAAAUAUAGAAUAUGUACACUGCAGGCAUGUUAACUAUCAACAUCCUGAAGGUUAUAUUUCGCUUGUAGAAUUCAUCAACUUCAAUCGUGUCGCCUUGGUUGCAGUUAAGGAUGAAUUAUAAACGAUUGGCGAUUGCAGUCGGUAUGUUUAACACACAUUUCCGCUCUUAAACUACUUCCUCAGUGCAAUUUACUCACCGUGUUAAGGCCUAAACCACCUUUUACUGGUUGCACUUUCAAUAUCAUCCUUGUUCACAAAGAAAGGUUCCAUUUGGCCAAGAUCAGUACUACCAAACGUUUCUUCCACAUAUCCAACAACUGAAUGGAACUUUGAAGGCCAACAUAAAAUAAAGAGACCCGUUCGUGAGGCUACUGGAAAAAAAGAACGAAAGUUUGUUGCGAUCUUUUUUCCGAAAUGAGUUUUAAAUUCGCAACUUGAGCUAUUGACAAAACCUGCACAGUGUGUAACCGCGUAAUGUACGCACUAAAUGUUUUGCUUUGUAUUGAUAAGAUGCUAAUUUGAAGAGCUCCAUAAUCUACAUCAAGCUCCAUUGGACCAAGUUGUCUAUAAUGGUGUCUUUUGUCCUCCCUCUUACAUGACAUUACUUUAAGGUUCUAAACAUGUCUCUUCACAUACUCCAUGGAUGGGUAUUACAAGGUACAUGAAAUUUGGUUUUAUUAAUUGAAAUGAUAAUAUAAAUUGGCCACGGAAACUUUAGAAACCCUUUGCGGUGGUUGAUUUAAAUUAUGAACUUAUUUGAGAGAACCAAAUUAACUUAUAACAGAGAUUAAUCUGUUCAAAUUUAGCUUGCAUUGUGGGCGCAGUUGGGUCUCUAGUGUGAGAGGAGUACAAACCCGCUCGUUAUAGGAAAAUUUCCCAGACGUAUAGUAACGAUAUUUGUUACACAUAGAGAAAACAACCGAUAGAACAACGUAAUUCGUUCCAUUUGUACUGUUUCAGUCAAGACAAGUCGCUGUUAUACUGCGGGGAGGCAAGUUUCAGUGACAAUCCAUCUUUUUUGUGGUUAUUUUAAGCUUGUUUAGUUGUUUACUUGACACGAAUAGCCUAUUGUUUUUUUCUAGCGAGUGUCGAAAACCGACACCAAAGUAACAGCAACUUCCUAUUGGAACAAAGGUUAAUUAUUAACCAUCGUUAACCAAUGAGGACUCCAAGUGAAAACCGCAGGCAACCUGCUUGAAGCGCGAGAAAACGAUUUUAUUUUGCAUUUGAUUGGUUGAAAUAGUGGCGUGAGUUUUCUAGAUUAAUCACAGAGCGAGGUUAAACAAAGUCAAAUCAAUCCAGGAUCAAUCAAUUGAAAACUAGGGUCGUAGAACUAAUGUUGGCGAUAAUAUUCUGUUAUUUUGGAAACAUAUAUUUAUCUUGGGAAAUUAAAUUUUAAGAUGACCAUGGGAGAAAACACGAUUUAUUCUUGUUUUUACUAUCUUAGAGAUGAUAACGACGGUCAAAAGGGUUGGUGACUUUGUUUAAUAACCGGUUAUGUACUAUAUUCGUGGGAAGAAACCGCUGAAGAUUAGCCAUUCACAGAAAUGAGGAUUUUUUUUGCUAUAUUGCACAUACAAGAGAGAAAUCUUUGAUAAAAAAAUAUUCAUGGGUCAUGCAUUAACAGGUCACGUCGAGAGGGAAAACGUGGCAAACCAGAAGACUGCUUUCAUUCUGCGUAUAACACUAUUUCCCUGAAGGAGAGGGAGUGCACACGAAGUAAAGGGAGAUUUAUCAAAAGGAAAUGCAUCGCGUUAAAAAAAUUAUAUAUAAUCGAUUGCCAAAACGUUGACACCUUAUAUGCAUAAUCCAUGAAAGUGUGACUCAACAAUUCAAAGGGAAACGUUUGUAAAGCUACAUAAACAUCGCUUAACACUUGCAAAAUAUUUAGUUAUGAUAAUUGUUGUUCCUCAGGAAAACGUGGAUGACUUCUAUCAAUAACCACGUGUGCCGAAUCGUAACUUUCACGUACAUGUGUACCCGUAAAGCUUUUGGGUCUCAUCUUUCAUUGCUAACGCUUUUUAGGUGUUAAGAUUUUUGAAAUCGAGUGUAUUUGUAUACGUGAAAAUUGCUUCUUAACCCUUUCACUCCCAAUAUCUCAUUAGUAAUUCUCCUAAUUGUCUGUUAUAUAAUUCUUGUGAUGUUAGAUCAGAGAAUUUGGUACUGGAUCAACUAAUAAUCCCCUGGUUAAUAUUGUUCUUUAUUCUCAUUUCUCGUCUGCUUGAUAUUGUAUCGAUAUUGUGAGAACAAUUUCUGCCUUGGCCACUCAUGGUCCUUAUUCCUACUUGCAGACCAACAUUGAGAGGGGCAGGGAGGGGGAGAUAGUAGUUGUGUCUGGGAGUGUAGAUAAAAUGCCAAGGAUUAUCGACUUUUACCUCUAGACCUCAGAUCAGUUGUUCAAUCAGAUGAUAAAGAUGACGCCGAUUCAGAUCGGUUAACGAAUUAUCAGGGAUAAUCGGUUUCCAUCUAGCUAGAUGAGAAGUAUUUAAUUUUGCCUGCUUCUGCAAGCGUCAGACACGUAACAAGUUUAGUAUUUAGAUUGUGUACCUGAUUUGGUGACCUGAAUGCGACCCCUUGGACAAUGAAAUCUUCGUGGGAAGAUUUUACUUGCCUGGAGGCGAUGAUAGGCAUAAUGGCCACAAACAAAAGAAUAAUUUCUGUGGUUCUUUCAAAGAGCUCGAAAAGCGUCAUUUUAUCUCUUAUUCUAUUGCUGCCGAUAAAACAUCGUAGCCAGCGUGUAAAAGUUGGAAUUCAAAACAACUGUAUGCUCCAGAUAAAAUUAAUUCUCUACGGCAAGAACACGUUGAAAAGAUGGAGAAGACUAAUCCGAACUAGGUUCUUCGUAUUCACAAAGAAAUAAGAUCAGAAUAUAGAAUACUGAUAAAUAAAGAAUUUUUUGAGACUGAUAAGUUAUUGAAUAACAAUGAAGAUAAAGCUCAUUGGGCAGUAACUACGUUGAAAAAAAAACUGAUUCGCAUAAUUAGCUGGUCGAUUUGACGUAAUGAUGCGGGACGAUUUCACUACAUGAGCUAAAUAUUCGCACACAAGUUUCAGUUAAGCUUAAAAUGAGUUUAACUCUCUGUUUUACAAGUAAAGCACCAGAAAGGUGGUCAAUUCGACAGUUAUUCACCACUAGAGCAAAAUUGGUUCGUACAAUCAUCAAUUACAACCACUCGCUAAAGAAGCCAUCGGUUGCUAUUCAAUGGAUAUCUCGCGGCACGAGACGUUUCGCUGUCGAUAAAUAUUCGGACAAAAUACCCAACGCAAUGCCAAGCAAGAGGAAAACUACAUUUAAAGCGAUUGUUGAUGGUUUACUUCCAGAGCUUCCAAGCAAACCUCCAGGACUGUUUGGUUUAUUUGUGUCAGAGAAUUAUUCCAAAGUCCAAGGUGAUGUUGCCUCAGGAAAAAGUCCCACUGAAAUUUUGACACAUUUGUCCAUGAAAUGGAAGACUCUUUCGAGUGCUGAGAAAGUGCAAUUGAAACACAGACACGAUGUUUUGAAAGAGGAAUACAAACGGGGAGUCAUGAAUUUGUGGAAAGGACUGAACACCGAGAGGCGAGUUCUUCUAGAGAAAUUGCAAGGUCCAAAAUUACGACAACUAGCAAAUGCAAGGCAAGAACUCCUAGAAUACCCAAAGAAGCCUCUAUCUCCUUUUCUCCUUUUCGUGAAGAAAAACGCAGAAACUGUGAACGCUUCGUCUGUGAUUGAGCGAACGAAGAUAAUGGGUCAAAAAUGGAAGGAAAUGUCGGCUGAUGAAAAGGAAGUAUUCUUUAUGGAAAGCCUAAAAGCGAACGAACAAUACCUCCACGACGUGGUUAAAUGGAAAGAAAAGCACCCUGAAGCCGCUACAAAUGAGGAUAUCUAG